UCUCUCUCUCUCUCUCUCUCUCUCCCUCUCUCUCUCUCGUUUCCAUCCAUGUUUAUCCUCUUCUUUUCCUUCCACUACUCAAAAAUCCAGCAGCACUGAGCAGAGGAGAUGUGAUUUCUCCUCUUUUACUCGGUUGUUGUGAUUUGAGCUCAGCUUAUCAUCAUAAUUUGUGUACUUGAGCAGCACUCUUGAGAUUUCUCUCGGAGAAGAAGAAGAAGAUGCGGCAUGCACUUAAUGAGCGCUUCCAUUGUUCCCUCUUCCACCCGAUUUCUCAUUCCUGCCUCUCUUCCUCAUUUCCCUACAUCCCCCUGCCACCGCCAUUCCCUCACUCCUUCCCGUCAUUUUCCUCGCUGCGCCAAUAAGCCCCGACCUUGGUGGCAGAGGCUUUUCUCCGAUGACACCGCCACUGACCAUGAUUGGUUUGAUUGGGGCGCAGACUAUGUGCAAGAGCCAGCUGCUGCACUGGAUGAUCCGGACGAGGACGAGGAUGCCAAAUUCCAGGCCUGGAAAACCAGGGCAGAGGCCAUCUCCGAGCUGAGAGAGGCCCAGGAAGAUGCAAGAAACUCUCAGGGGCGUGAGUGGGAGGACUGGCUUGAAGCCGACUCGUCUGCCUCAUCUCCUUCCGAGCAAGAUUGUGACUGGGGUGACACAAUGGAAUCAUCCACCCAGAUGACUGGUGAUGAUCCAGACGAUGCUCGCCGUGGUGAUUCUCUCGUUGGUGUGAUCAAGGGCUUGAUUCUUGGAUCCGAUGACGACGAGCUCUUGUUUGAGGACCGGGUUUUCCAAUUCGCUUCCAGAAGCUCGGCCAAGUUCAUCGCUCUGUUAGUCCUCGUCCCAUGGGCUUUAGACUUUCUGGUUCACGAUUACAUGAUGAUGCCAUUUUUAGACAGGUAUGUCAAGAAAGUACCACUUGCUGCCGAGUUGCUAGAUGUUAGAAGACAUCAGAAGCUUGAGAUGAUUAAGGCUUUAAAAGUUGAAAAGGCAAGAUUCCGCUUGGAAGUGGAGAUUGGUAAAUCACCUCCACUUUCUGACGAAGAAAUUUGGUUGGAAUUGCGGCACAAAGCCAUUGAAUUAAGGGAUGAGCAGAGGUUAGAGAAUCGAAGAGCAUUUGCAAAUAUUUGGUCAGAUACGGUGUAUGGAAUUGCAUUGUUUGCACUUAUAUACUUCAAUAAGAGUAAAGUUGCUUUGCUGAAGUUUACUGGAUACAAGGUGUUAAAUAAUGUAUCUGACACUGGGAAAGCCUUUCUCAUAAUUCUUAUCACAGACAUAUUUUUGGGAUAUCAUUCUGAAUCUGGUUGGCAAGUUUUAACAGAAAUAAUUCUUGAACGUUAUGGAGUUGAAGUUGAUCAAGCUGCAAUUACCAUUUUUAUUUGCACUGUUCCGGUUGUCAUCGACGCUUGUGUGAAGCUUUGGCUAUUUAAAUUUCUCCCCAAGCUAUCACCUAAUGUGACAAAUAUCUUCCGGGAAAUGAAGCGGCAUUAGGGAUGUUAAAUUUAUAAGUGUUCUGAGAGAUCUUGAAUCAACUGGCUAUGGUUCAUGGGACUUUUUUCUUGCCAGCAGUGAACUAAACUCAUGCUCGUGCCUUGUAACAAUCUUAUCUUUGUAUUUGCUGCUGCUGCUGCUGUUUUUUUUUCCGUCCCACUUCUGUUCAUGGCAAAUGACUAUAAGCUUUCAUUUGAUAUGGAAGCUAACUCAGUCUUGAUCAAGUUCGGAAACCAAAAAAAGAUGUAAAAUGGAUGGAUAUAAAAUUUUUUGCUCUCGAAUUGCCGCCCCCGUCUGAUCUGUUAUUGCAAAGAAUGUCUGCAAGACUGAGACGAUGUUGUGGAAUUUGCUGGGUAUGCAUCUAGGUGUAUGCUCACGCUCACUGAGUAUGGUCAUAAUAAUUUUUUGGUGCAUCUGAUAGUAACAAGGGCUUGGCAAUCUCUCUGUGUGUGUGUGUGUGUGUGUGUGGAGAAACUGUUAAAUGUGAAAUUAAGUCUGAUGAAAGCUCUGGCAUUGUUACCAGAAAUGUAAGAGCUGGAUGAUAGUGCUAUUUAUCUCCCACUAUUUAUCUCCCACGUGGAAAGUUGAGGAUUUGGAUUUUGUCACAACACGAUUGAAAAUUUGCAUGCAUGAUUGAGAA